AUGGCUCCAAACGAGACAGGGGAUGAACUUGUUUUCUUUGUGAAUGGUAAAAAGGUGGUGGAAAAAGAUGUGGACCCAGAAACAACUCUGCUAACCUAUCUACGAAGAAAAUUGGGCCUAUGUGGAACCAAACUAGGCUGUGGAGAAGGUGGAUGUGGUGCUUGCACUGUUAUGAUAUCCAAGUAUGAUCCCUUUCGGAAGAAAAUCCUCCACCAUACUGCCAACGCUUGCCUCUUCCCUGUCUGUGCCCUGCAUCAUGUAGCUGUAACUACUGUUGAAGGCAUAGGAAACACGAAAUCCAGGCUGCACCCAGCCCAGGAGAGAAUAGCAAAAAGUCAUGGGUCCCAAUGUGGCUUUUGCACUCCAGGCAUUGUCAUGUCCAUGUAUACAUUGCUUAGGAACAAAUCUGAUCCCAGAAUGGAGGACAUAGAAGAUGCUUUCCAAGGGAACUUGUGUCGGUGUACAGGGUACAGACCCAUCCUGGAAGGAUACAGGACAUUUGCUAAAGACUCAAAUUGCUAUGGCAGAGUAGCCAAUGGCACUGGAUGCUGUCGUAGUGAAAGGGAAAAUAGCAUGAAUGGGGGCUGCUGUGGAGGAAAAGCCAAUGGUCCAGGCUGCUGCAUGAAUGGAAAAGAAGACAAUGUGAUAAUGAUGUCCUCCAGCCUGUUCAAUUCUUCUGAGUUCCAGCCACUGGACCCUACACAGGAGCCAAUCUUCCCACCAGAGUUAAUGACUCAGAGUAACAAACAGCAGAAACGGCUGUGCUUCAAAGGCGAGCGUGUGAUGUGGAUUCAGCCUACAACUCUCAAGGAAUUGGUGGCUCUCAAGUCCCAGUACCCCAAUGCCAAGCUUGUUGUGGGGAACACAGAAGUGGGUAUUGAGAUGAGGUUAAAGAACAUGUUGUAUCCAGUGAUAAUAGCACCAGCAUGGAUCUCCGAAAUGAACGCUGUUCAGCACACAGAGACAGGGGUCACCUUUGGUGCUGCCUGUACCCUGAGCUCAGUAGAGGAAGUGCUGAGAAAAGCAGUGGCAGAGCUUCCUCCUUACAAAACAGAGGUCUUCCAGGCUGUCCUUGAACAGCUGCGGUGGUUUGCAGGGCCACAGAUCAGGAAUGUUGCCGCUCUUGGUGGGAACAUAAUGACAGCAAGCCCAAUUUCUGACUUAAAUCCUGUGUUAAUGGCAAGUGGAAGCAAACUGACUCUGGUAUCAAAUGGGGGCAAAAGGACUAUCACAAUGGAUGAGAAGUUUUUCACAGGAUACAGGAAGACAAUAGUUAAGCCUGAAGAAAUACUUCUCUCUGUUGAAAUACCUUACAGCAAGAAGGGUGAAUACUUCUCAGCUUUCAAGCAGGCUUCCCGUCGGGAGGAUGACAUUGCUAUUGUGACCUGUGGGAUGAGAGUCCUGUUCCAAGAUGGCACUAGCCGAGUGGAGGAGAUAAAACUAAGCUAUGGAGGAAUGGCUCCUACAACUGUCCUGGCACUAAAAACUUGCCAGCAGCUCACUGGCAGAGACUGGAACGAGAAGCUGCUGCAGGAUGCCUGCCGCUUACUGGCAGGUGAGAUGGAUCUGUCUCCUUCUGCGCCUGGUGGGAUGGUGGAUUUCCGACGUACGCUCACACUCAGCUUCUUCUUCAAGUUCUACCUGACAGUCCUUCAGAAACUGAGCAAGAACCACAAUGGCACUAACAAUCUGUGUGAGCCUGUCCCCUCGAACUACAUCAGUGCUACAGAGCUGUUUCACAAAGAUCCCAUUGCAAAUGCCCAACUCUUCCAAGAAGUGCCCAGGGGGCAGGCAGUUGAAGAUAUGGUGGGCCGGCCUCUGAUGCACGUUUCAGCAGCCAAACAAGCAUGUGGAGAAGCUGUUUACUGCGAUGACAUCCCUCGUUAUGAGAAUGAGCUGUAUCUAACACUGGUGACCAGCACCAAAGCCCACGCUAAGAUCCUUUCUGUAGAUGCAUCUGAAGCCCAGAGUGUUCCCGGCUUUGUGUGUUUUCUCUCCGCCAAGGAUAUUCCUGGCAGUAACAUCACUGGCAUCGCUAAUGAUGAGACUGUCUUUGCUGAGGAUGUGGUCACUUGUGUUGGUCAUAUCAUCGGUGCAGUUAUUGCAGACACACAAGAACAUUCCAGAAGAGCGGCUAAAACUGUGAAGAUUAAGUAUGAAGAGCUCAAACCUAUUGUCACAAUUCAGGAAGCUAUUGAGAAACAAUCCUUUUAUAAGCCUAUAAAGAGGAUUAAUAAGGGAGAUGUGAAGAAAGGAUUUGAAGAAUCUGAUCACAUUUUGGAAGGAGAGAUGUACCUUGGUGGACAGGAGCAUUUCUAUCUGGAAACUCACUGUACUGUGGCUGUACCAAAGGGGGAAGAUGGCGAGAUGGAACUCUUUGUGUCGACCCAAAACCUAAUGAAGACACAGGAGUUUGCUGCUAAUGCAUUGGGAGUCCCUUCAAAUCGGAUUGUGGUUCGAGUGAAAAGACUGGGAGGAGGAUUUGGAGGAAAAGAGACUAGGAAUACUAUUUUGACAACUGUAGUGGCUGUUGCAGCCUUCAAAACUGGCCGCCCAGUAAGGUGCAUGCUGGAUCGAGAUGAGGACAUGCUGAUAAGUGGUGGGAGACAUCCUUUCCUGGGGAGGUACAAGGUUGGUUUCAUGAAGAAUGGGAAACUUAAGAGUCUGGAGGUGUCAUACUACAGCAAUGGGGGCAACUCUGUAGACCUCUCUUAUGGUGUUAUCGACAGAGCCCUGUUACAUUUGGAUAACUCCUACAACAUCCCCAAUGUCAGCAGCAUGGGCUUUAUUUGCAAGACCAACUUGCCUUCCAACACAGCCUUUCGUGGCUUUGGAGGGCCCCAGGGAAUGAUGAUUGCUGAGUGCUGGAUGAACGACCUUGCUCGGAAGUGUGGCCUGCCACCUGAGGAGGUGCGGAAGCUCAACCUUUAUAAUGAAGGAGACCUGACUCAUUUUAACCAAAAGCUGGAGGGAUUUACUCUACGAAGAUGCUGGGAUGAAUGUUUGUCAAGCUCCAGCUAUCAUGCCAGGAAGAAACUAAUUGAAGAAUUCAACAAGCAGAAUCGCUGGAAGAAGAGAGGGAUGUGCAUCAUUCCUACCAAAUUUGGCAUCAGUUUCACUGUCCCAUUUCUGAACCAGGCUGGAGCUCUGAUCCAUGUGUAUACAGAUGGCUCUGUGUUACUUACGCAUGGGGGGACUGAGAUGGGCCAAGGACUUCACACCAAAAUGAUUCAGGUUGCUAGCAGGUCACUGGGAAUCCCCACCUCCAAAAUUUUCAUCAGUGAGACCAGCACAAACACCGUGCCAAACACCUCCCCAACAGCUGCGUCUGUCAGUGCAGACAUCAAUGGAAUGGCUGUCCAUAAUGCGUGUGAGACUAUCUUAAAAAGACUUGAGCCGAUCAAACAGUCUAAUCCCAAAGGAUCCUGGGAAGACUGGAUUAAAGCUGCCUAUGAGAACUGUGUUAGCCUGUCGGCCACGGGGUUUUAUAGAAUUCCUGACCUUGGCUACGACUUUGAAAAGAACGAAGGGAAACCAUUCUGCUACUUCAGUUAUGGUGUUGCUUGCUCCGAGGUUGAGAUAGAUUGCCUGACAGGUGACCACAAGAACAUUCGCACAGACAUUGUUAUGGAUGUUGGCACCAGUCUGAACCCAGCCAUAGAUAUAGGACAGAUAGAAGGAGCAUUCGUCCAAGGCCUUGGGCUCUUCACCAUGGAGGAGCUGCGCUAUUCUCCUGAAGGGAACCUGUACACUCGAGGGCCUGGGAUGUACAAAAUCCCAGCUUUUGGAGACAUCCCAACAGAAUUCUAUGUGUCUCUUCUACGUGACUGUCCAAACAGCAAGGCGGUUUAUUCAUCCAAGGCUGUGGGAGAGCCACCUCUGUUCCUGUCUGCGUCAGUGUUUUAUGCCAUUAAAGAUGCCAUCUAUGCAGCGAGGAAGGACUCUGGCCUGACUGAACCGUUCAGGCUGGACAGCCCUGCCACCCCAGAGAGGAUCCGCAAUGCUUGUGUGGACAUCUUCACCAAAAUGUGCCCUUCUGCUGAGCCAGGGACCUUUAAGCCAUGGUCUGUGCGUGUGUAA